AUGUCGACCACAUUUGGAAAGGCAACCAUCGCCGCCAUCGGCGUUUUCACCGGUGCAGCUGCCACAUUUAACUUCAUCUCUGGCGAUAAAGCAGCCACACCGGUUGUAGCCGAUAUCACUUCAAAACCCGGAGAAUCCCAGAAACUACCAGCACCGGGUACUGCGGGUGGCCCUCCCCUGCCUUCCACGCCCGUCGACCCUGCAGGUCUCUUCAAGUACGGCUUCCCAGGCCCAGUCGCCGAUCUGGCAGCACGCCAGGCGUUUAUCUCCACCUAUGACCGCCGGCUACGCAAUCCCCACUGGGUUGCCGAGCACAUAACCCCAGAGUCGCUUGCCAAACGCGACGGCGAUCGCAAGAACUCGGCCUUCCUCGAAGAUCCCAGCAUCCCUGAUAAGUUCCGCGCCAAACUGAAGGACUACUUCCGCUCCGGCUUCGAUAGAGGUCACCAGGUGCCCGCGGCCGACUGCAAGUGGUCACAGACCGCCAUGGACGAAACAUUCUUUCUCAGCAACAUGUGCCCUCAGGUCGGCGAGGGGUUCAACCGGGACUACUGGGCCCAUUUUGAAGAUUUCUGCCGCCGUCUGACGACCAGAUACCCAAGUGUGCGCAUCGUCACAGGUCCUCUGUACUUGCCCAAGCGUGACCCGGCCGAUGGCAAGUGGUAUGUCAAGUACGAGGUCAUCGGCAACCCACCAAACGUCGCCGUCCCGACGCAUUUCUACAAGGUCAUAUUCGCCGAGGACGGUCGUGAAGGUGGCAAUGUCGCCUUGGGCGCAUUUGUGCUUCCUAAUGCCAAGAUUCCAAACGAAAAGCCGCUGACCGACUUUGAGGUGCCCCUCGAAGCUGUGGAACGUGCCUCGGGGCUCGAGUUUGCAGAAAAGCUGCCCGUAGCAAGGCGUAGGAGGCUAUGUGCCGAUGCGAACUGCGCUCUUAUCAUCAAGGAUUAUGCCGAUAGGCAAAAGGCCUUCACCAAAGGCGCUCCUCCGCAGAAGACUUUGUGA